AUGGGAUGCAUUCGGAGCAAACCGAUUCAUCGUCUGGAUGAAUUCGAGGAUGAGUACGUCUUCGAUAGCCUCGAUGAAUCUCAGUCUACUGGAUGCCAACUGAGCAUCAUCGAAAGUAAAUCCAAUGAGAACUCCUCUGACAUCAGGAGCCUUCCAGAGAAGAUGGAUAUUGAAAAUGAUUAUCAUGUUGCGAUCACCCAACGGAUCGUUUCCACCUCAAACGACAACGAGGAGAAAUCUUCUGAUGAUAUCAUGACAGAGAGAGUACAACUCAUCAAGGAUAUUGCAGACCUUCAGAUGGCCGAUUUAAGAAUGGCAAGGGAAAGGUUUCACAGAACCAUUAUCCAAAGAGAUGCCAGGAAAGUAGUUGCCUUACUGAAGAGGCAACCAUUCACUGAAGACACACAGAUUGAUGGGGAGAACGAAUCGUCUGCAAAGAAAGUUGCUAUCUUGCAAUUUGAGGAGGAGCAGGAGCAGCAGAAGGAAGUGGAGGAGAAUGAGCAAGAGGAGGAGGGGAAGUGCCAUUACGAAGACACAGUUGUACCCGAAUUCAGAUAUUUUCAGGAUAUCAUCGCCUCUCAGAUGGAAGAACUGAGAGAUGCCCGGCAGAGACUCCAUCGAUGCGUUAUCAUGACAAACGCUAUGAGAGUGGUGGAGGAACUGAGGAAACAGUCUGCGAGUGAUACGGAAGAGGAGGAGAAAGAAGAUGAAGAGGAGGUGGAGGAUCAGAACGAAGGAAAGGAAGAGGAGUCUGACAAGGAAGAGGAAGGCGAGAGGGAGGAUGACGAUAAUGAUGACGAGACGGAUGAAAACAAUAGAGACAAUUAUGAUGGGGAGCCUCAAGAUGAGGAAAAGGAGGAUGACAAGGUAAAAGAAGAGAAGCCUGACAAGAAAGAUAAGGAUGAGGAGGAUGACAAGGACGAGGAAAACGAGGAUGACAAUGAAGAUGACGAAGGAAAGGAAGAGGAGUCUGACAAGGAGAAUGAUGACGAGGAGGAUGACGGUGACGAGGACGAGGAAAACGAGGAGGAUGACAGUGAAGAUGACGAAGGAAAGGAAGAGGAGUCUGACAAGGAGAAUAAGGAUCAGGGGGAUGACGGGGACGAGGAAAGCAAGGAGCAGGAUGACAAUGAAGAUGCCGACGAUGAUGACGAGAAGGAUACAAACAAAGGCAAAAAUGGUGACGGGGAUCCUCUAAAUAAGGAAAAGGAGGAUGACAAGGGGGAGGAAGAGAAGAAGGAAGAGGAGAAUGUAGAGGAGGAUGGAGGGAGCGAUGGAGAGAACAUGGUCCAGGCUGAGAUAGAAGAACUGAGAGCUGCCCAAGAGAGAAUACACAGGUGCGUUAUAAGGAGAGUAGUGGAGGAACUGAGGGGACUCUCCCUUAGUGAUAAGGAGGAGGAGGAGGAGGAGGAAGAAGACACGGACAAAGGACAUGGACAGUAUGAAGGGGAGGAAGAAGAGGAGGAGACGGAGAUGGACGCCAUCGAAUAG